AUGGACCCUAUACAGCCAGAAACGUUGCCUUUCGGAUUUGGCGUAAGCCAUUCUCCGCUCCUCGAUUUCGAUGUUCCGCCGCUGGCGGGUACCGACGAGCUUCUCGAUAACGACGAAAGACAGUAUUUAGACAGUUUCUUCCAGUGCGUCAAUAGGAAUGGUUAUUCGGACCCUUGGCUUGGGGAGGGACUGGGCGGUAUCUUCACGAGCGAGUGGCGCCUGCCCCCAGAAAUCAUCGGUCAUAAUGUGUCAUAUGGAACUGUGAACCAAACAUUGGUCGAGGCCGUCGUGCCGGAUCCGACCGGGGAGACAAUCCCGCAUGCGCUGUCCGCUAGGCUGUCACAACCACAUACGAUGACGUCUGCUCCAAGUCUUCGCUAUCUCCAGAAGCCUCCGCGCGAGUCUGCCAGUUCAAGUACACCGGCCGAUGUCCUAGCCGCCGCGACCGUCCUCUCCCGCACCAGCGCCCCCAACUUCGGCAUGUCAUUCAGCACGUCACAAGAAACUUCGGCACCAACUUCUCUGCCUUUGCUUUCAUCCCAAAACUUACCAGUCGAGCCAUCCGCGAGAAAUCCCCACCAGUUCUCGCCCAGCCAACAUCGCGUGGGACGCCAGAACGGCACGGUGUUCAGCGCGCUCGGGCACGGCGACACGUAUGUGCACCGGCCGCGCCGCCCGGUUGAGGAGGUGCGAUUCGGAUCAGACCCGAACUUCAGCCACCACAACUUCGUGCCCGCGUCGGAGAGGGAGACCACCGAAGCGAUGAUGGCAGAGCAACUCGCAACACUUGGAUGUCUCAAACGGAACAUCAGUGCAGCGCCAACUCGAGCUCCUAGCCCUACUUCGUGGUCACCCACAUCCCCGAACGCGGCAAUACACUCAACCAGACAAUCUAACACAAUGGGCCAGAACCCUACGAUUCCAAAGGGUUCAGGCAACAGUGAACUAACCCAUUCUCGGAAGCGGAUGAAAUACAGCAGAUCCGGGAAAGCGAGUAUGGAUCAGAACAUGCAGCAGACAUUCUCAGCACCCGUUUUGGCCGAGACACCGACGAUAAUAAAGAAAGAGGUAACAACGUCUGGGCCACGGAGGAAGAAACCACCCAUUCCGAUAACCCCCGAGGCCGAGGCAGUAUCAGCCGGAAGCACCAAAAAGCGACGCAAAUCAGGGGUGGCCGCCGGGGGGAGUAGCAAUCCAAACAACGGCGCCGCAAACAGCAGCAGCAGGUCAUCCAUGGGCAAGGGACCCCGUGAAAAUCUGACGGAGGAGCAAAAGCGUGAGAACCACAUCAAGAGCGAGCAGAAGCGGCGCAACAUCAUCAAAUCGGGCUACGAGAACCUCGAGCGCAUAGUGCCGGAUAUCAAAGGCAACGGAUACAGCAGAGCCGUUACGCUGAAAAAGACGGCUGACUGGUUGCUGGAACUCGAAGCAGGGAAUAAGAGGCUCGAGGAGUUGCUGCUGAAGCUGGAGCGGGGUCGUGCUGGGACAUAG